AUGGGUAACAAAAACUCGACAAUAACCACUAAUGGUCACUCAUCCUCCGUAUCCACUAAAAAUAAAUACAAGAAAUCAUUACCGUCACCAUUGCCUGCUACUAGUGGACCAGCAGCAAUUACCACUAAUAGCACUGCCGUGCUGCCUCAUUCUGUUCGUCGUAUUCUACAAAAUUUUCUUCUCAUCUGGCUCGAUGCUAAUAUUGAUGAGUCGAAGAAAGAUUUUAAAAAUUCCUUAAAACAUCUACGGCAUAUUGUGGCAUCAAUCACGACAUUUACUGAUUCUCAAGAGUGUGUUAAUGUUCUCAGUGAAAUUAAAAAAGAAAAAGUAUUUAUGAUUGUUUCUGGUUCAUUGGGACAAUAUAUUGUACCAGAAAUUCAUACAUUGCCACAAUUGGAUUCUAUUUAUGUAUUUUGUGGCAAUCAACUGCUUCACGAAGAAUGGGCUAAAACAAUAUCUAAAGUGAAGGGUGUUUACACUGAUAUCGAGCCAAUUUGUAAAGCCAUACAAAUCGAUCGUGAACGAUGUGAUCAAGCUAUGAUCUCGAUUAGUUUUCGUGGCAUUGAUCCGUUGUUUAUGUAUACACAAUUGUUUAAAGAAGUUCUCUUGGAAAUAGAUGAUGAUGACACUAAAUCCAUCAAAGAACUCGUUGAUUACUGUCGUCUUCAAAAUGAUAUUGCUGAAGACGAGAUUAAAAAAAUCGAACAAGAAUAUCAUCAUCAUUCACCUAUUUGGUGGUACACCACGCCAUAUUUCAUCUACUCGAUGCUUAAUCGAGUGUAUUAUAACAUCGGCGAGUAUUCGAAAGCACUUUCAUUUUACGAACAAGCACUUGAUAUUUCCAAAGACACUCUCCCUCCAAAUCAUCCUGACUUGGCUGCUUGUUACAACAACAUCGGCUUGGUGUAUUAUAAUAUAGGCGAAUACUCGAAAGUACUUUCAUUGUACGAACAAGCACUCGAGAUCCGCCAAAAAAGUCUCUCUCCAAAUCAUCCUGAUUUGGCUGCUUCAUAUAACAACAUCGGUAAUGUUUAUAACAACCUUGGUGAGUAUUCUAAAGCUCUUUCAUCGCACGAACGAGCACUCGAUCUCCGCCAAAAGACUCUCCGUCCGAACCAUCCUGACAUGGCUGCUUCGUACAACAACAUCGGUAAUGUGUAUUAUAACAUUGGUGAGUAUUCUAAAGCACUUUCAUCGCACGAACAAGCACUCGAUCUCCGCCAAAAAACUCACCGUCCGAACCAUCCCGACUUGGCUGAUUCCUACAGCAACAUCGGUAAUGUGUAUUAUAACAUGGGCGAAUAUUCUAAAGCACUUUCAUCACACGAACGAGCACUAGAAAUUAAGAAAAAAGCUCUUCCUUCAAAUCAUCCUGACUUGGCUACUUCUUACAACAACAUUGGACAAGUGUAUAAAAACAUGGGCGAGUACUUGACAGCACUUUCAUAUGUCAAACGAGCAUUUGAUAUUCGCCGAAAAAAUCUUCCUCCAAAUCAUCCUGCCUUGGCAGCUUCCUACAACAGCAUUGGUAGUGUGUACUGCACCAUGCGAGAAUAUUCGAAGGCACUUUCAUCGCACGAACAAGCACUUGAUAUCGCAACAAAAGUUCUCCCUCCGAACCAUCCCGACUUGGCUACUUCACUAAAACAUGUUACUGCCUAA